CCCCUAAGUUUGCUCAUAGCCCGUACAAAGAGAUACCAUAUGGCACAUAGGGAUUGCCCUUACUCCACAUACCCCCCAGCCCCACAAAUGCUAUUCUGCCCCUACCCCACAUACCUCAAACUCCAAAAUUCAGUCUCCUCCUAAAUAGGAAAAAUUGGGAAGUAUGCACCAUGGGGGUUGCCUGAUUUACUAUUUCUUACUAUUGGAGGGGGUAAAUAUAAAUCAUUGGUUCUGAAAUUAUGGUGAUGCCCCUUAGGGGAAUGGUAAAAGCUAAUUACUGAUGCACUUUUGCAUUUGGGCGCCUAUGCUAGUAAAUGAGCCCUAGUACCAAUUUAACCCCCUAGGUACCACAUGGAAUCCCAGCCUGAGUGUCAUUAAUAAUUAGGGGGAACACAGUGAAUGGGGCCCCUGAUUCAAUGUUGCACCUAUAAAAGGGUAAAUGCAUUAUCCCUGAAGCUGAUUUGUACCUAUUAUUCCUGUCUCUAUACAGAUUGCUGCAGUGCUCGGAUUGCGACUCUGCGCUUCUGCUGCAAUUUUAUUUGGCAAUUUUUUUUUUGGCUGUCGUCAUUCCAGAUUUUAUCCAACAUUCCCCCUCUUCAAAACAUAUCACUCAAUUAAUUUUUUUUUUUUUUCAAAGGUGUAUUUUAUUAACUUUUCAUACAAACAAAAGACAAAAUAUCACAUUUAACAAUGCAAUGAGGAAGACGCAUUAGUCUUUCUUUUCCAGGUCUACCUUUAGGAUUUGUUACCAAUACAGAGUGGGUAGGUAUAGCAUUACAGAGUGUGUAACUGGUAGUAAUUCCCACAUCUUGGAUCCAUCCCCCUACUGAACUUAUGUACUCAGGGUAUGGGAGAACAGGUUGGGAGGACGUUGGGGAGCUUAUUAUGUAACUGGGAGCAGGAUUGUUCAGUUACCCUCUAGAUCACACCAAGGGCCCCAGACUUUGUCAAAUUUGUCAGGUGCGCCCCUAAUUUCGUACGUGAGUUUAUACAGAGGGGCAACCACAUUCACUAAAUUCUUCCAGGCUGUAAUGGUGGGCAGGGUAGGGCCCAUCCAAUGCAUAGCGACUGUUUUUUUUGCAUAGAACAGUAAUAUUCUGUAGCGUAUCCGGGAGCUGUUUUGGGCAAUUAUGUUGUCUAGGACUCCUAGCAAGCAGGUUUCAGGUGCAGUCACAUUGGGGAAGGCUAGGUUGUUUGAUAGGUAUUGAGUGACUGCUGACCAGAACUUAGCGAUGUGGGGGCAUGACCAGAUCAUAUGAAAGAAGUUAGCAGGGCUUGCUGCACAUCUCGGGCACUGAUCUGUUGGGGUACGGCCCAUCUGGCGCAGCCUUAAUGGUGUGAUAUAGAGGUGAUGAAAGGUUUUAUACUGUAUUAAUCUGUCUUUAGUUGAUAUGAGACAGUUAUACAUAGAGUCUGUUGCACUCAAUUAAUUUUAACGGUUGGAUCCAAUUUUCUAUCGUGUGCAGCUGACAUUUUCCCAAAUCCCACAAAGAAAGAGAUUACAAAUGGCCUUUAUGUAAGUGCUGAAGGUUGCCAUAUUAGGGCUGGUAGCCAGCAGAUGGUUAAUAAGUACAGUAAUGGGGCAACGGCGAGAGCUUUAAAAGCCUCUGGAUCCGCCUGGUCUGGAGACCAAGGGAACCAAGUCAAACUGAUCCGUGAGUCUCGCAACCAUGAAAGUGACUUUGCUUCUGUUAUUGGGAUUGGCUGGAAUUUGGGCAGAUCCUGAAGACAACCCAGAGAACAGAUGGGUCAACAACUAUGAUGAGCCUCUUUAUUUCGAGUGUCCCAAUCAUCAGAGCAUCAGCUUAAUUAUCAGUAACCAUGAUAAUAAGAGGGAGGAUCGAGUUUGGGAUUUCAGCUGCAAGGCCACAUUCAGCGAGCAAAAGUUCUGCUACUGGACCGGAUACGUCAAUGACUUUGACCAAGAGUUUACCUUCACCUGCGCAUCGGGUGCCGUUCUGACUGGAAUGGACAGUUAUCAUGAUAACAAGAGGGAGGACAGAAGGUGGCAGUUUCUCUGUUGCCAGGGGGAGGUGCCAGUUGAUCGCUUGUGCACGUGGAGUGGAUAUGUCAAUCAAUUCGAUGAGUAUUUGAGGUGGGACGCAGACCCUGAUUAUUACCUGGUGGGAGUAUCCAGUUACCAUGACAAUCACAGAGAAGACAGACGCUGGAGGUACCAAUCUUGCAUGAAGAGCUGAUCCUGGCCUGAACCAUCUGUACAGACUGCAGAGCAAUUGUGCCCCGGUACAAGUACUGAUAUCCAUAUCCUCUUCUAAUAAAUGAUGUUACAACAAUAA